CUGUUACGCUGAAUGAUUUCAAAAGUGAAUUUUAUUAAAAAACAAAAAACAAAAACAUGAUACACUAUCGGAAAGGCGAAAAUAUCGAGCAGGAGCUAACCAAGGAGGACUUACCAUUCGAUGAUUGUUUGCCAAAGUUGCCACAAAAGGACUUUCUCUGGAUGCACGUGAGAGGUGGCACCAAGGUACACAAUGUAAUCGACUAUGCCAAGAAUGCUUUGGACAAAGGUGAAUAUCGCACAGUGGUUUGGAGCGGUUCGGGCGGCGGUGUGGUGAAGACUGUUUCUUGUGCGGAAAUACUGAAGCGCAGCUAUCCAUUGAACCAGUUGACGCGCAUGGAUCAAAUAACCAUCGAAGAACACUGGCUGCCGCAGAUGGACGGGUUGGAGCCGAUUGUAGCCAGGCGUAAAGUGCCUAGCCUGCAUAUACUAAUGACGCUGGAUGAAAUCGAUGAGAGCAUUACUGAUGUACAAAAACCGAAUACUACCACUGAGUUCUGGAGAGGCCUGAGUGGAAGCUCACAGCAGCAAAAACAGCCACGUCAUGCCGGACAAAAUAAUGAAGGUCGAGGGCAGCAGCAACAACGUCAUCAGAGGUUCAAACAGCAGCGUCAAGGAAAGCCACCGAACCAGGAUCGGCGACCAGGGCAGCAAGAAGAUGGACAAGCAGGAGAGCAGCAAGAGCGUGCGCAAAGGCCACAGAAUCGAAAUAGAAAUCGUGGUGAGCAGCGCAAAGCGCGAAAUAAAAAUAAUGUUGACCAAGAGCAAGCGCAGCAGUCACACGAGACCCCACAUGAGCAACCCAACGAUGAUGGCCAACAACGCCAGUCACAAUCGCAGGCACAUCGCCCGCCUAAACCGAAACAAAAGCAACAGCAACAGAAAACUCAGCAAAAUCGGCAAAAACAAUCCUCGGAGGCUAUGCAGGUAGAUGUGACACCAACAUCAGCGUCAGCAGUUGCUUCGGCCGCAAGCACCUCGACUGCUGCAGAGCCAAUGGAAUCUUAAAAAUUAAGAUAUUCUAUUCUUUACUGGUAAUACAGACAUACAUAUAUUAUAUAAGCAAACAACAUCCCAGCAAACAGUUGGGCUUGCAAAAGAUUUGAAAGUGAACUACUUUUUGAAAUGUUAAGCGUUUGAAAAUGAUUUGACAGCGAUUUGAGAAUUUUAGAAUGGACUUGAAAUUUAGAUAUUAAAUUUAUUCACAUGUAU